UUCCCCGUGUCAGUUCGCGGAGUCCGGAGCCGGAGCCUGAAACAAAAGCGGGAGGCGGCGGCAGCGGCGGCGGCGGGGCUCCUGCGAGUUCGCCCGGGAGAGGAGCGGAGAAGGCGGGGAGGCGCGCGGCGGAGAGACCGUCGUCGUCCGAGAGAGGGGAGCGUCCGUGAAGGAAACUUUCUCUGCGCUUCCCUUCUUCCUCACGCGGAGGCUCCGUCAGCGGGAGGCGAGAGACCCCGGCGGGGGGGACGAGGGAGCCGGACCGGCCUCCUGCUCCAGGGCGCCCGGGAGAAGGGCUCGCCUCAGCCGCCGCCGCCGCCGCCGCUGCUUCCGGAAGGCGGCUCCGCGGGCACCGCCGCCGCCGCCGCCGCCGGAUAACACCGCUCUUCCUUUCCCCCGCCCGAAAACAACCGGAGAAGCCGACCGGGCGGGCGGAGAAGGGGGCGAAGGCAGGCGGGCAAGCAAGCAAGCGGGCAGCAGGCAGGCAGGGGCCGCCGGCCGCGCCUCUCGGGAGGGGGGCGCGAUGGAUGAUCAGCCCCGUCUGAUGCACUCCCACGCCGGCGUGGGCAUGGCCGGCCACCCGGGCCUGUCCCAGCACAUGCAGGACGGGGCCGGGGGCGCCGAAGGCGAGGGGGGCCGCAAGCAAGACAUCGGGGACAUUUUGCAGCAGAUCAUGACCAUCACCGACCAGAGUUUGGACGAGGCGCAGGCCAGAAAACAUGCUUUAAACUGCCACAGAAUGAAGCCAGCACUUUUUAAUGUUUUGUGUGAAAUCAAAGAAAAAACAGUGUUGAGUAUUCGAGGGGCUCAGGAGGAGGAACCAACAGACCCACAGCUAAUGCGACUGGACAACAUGCUUUUAGCAGAAGGGGUAGCAGGCCCUGAAAAAGGAGGGGGUUCAGCCGCUGCGGCUGCCGCAGCCGCAGCAUCUGGGGGUGCCGGCUCGGACAAUUCUGUGGAGCAUUCGGACUACAGAGCAAAACUAUCUCAAAUUCGACAGAUCUACCACACCGAGUUGGAGAAAUAUGAGCAGGCAUGCAACGAGUUCACCACUCACGUGAUGAAUCUGCUGCGAGAACAGAGCAGGACCCGGCCCAUCUCGCCCAAGGAGAUAGAGCGGAUGGUCAGCAUCAUCCAUCGCAAGUUCAGUUCCAUCCAGAUGCAACUCAAACAGAGCACGUGCGAAGCUGUCAUGAUCCUGCGCUCCCGAUUUCUCGAUGCACGGCGGAAAAGAAGAAAUUUCAACAAGCAGGCUACAGAAAUCCUCAAUGAGUAUUUCUAUUCCCACCUCAGCAACCCAUACCCCAGUGAGGAAGCCAAAGAGGAGCUAGCCAAGAAAUGUGGCAUCACAGUCUCACAGGUAUCAAACUGGUUUGGAAAUAAGCGAAUCCGGUACAAGAAGAACAUAGGUAAAUUUCAAGAGGAAGCCAAUAUUUAUGCUGCCAAAACGGCUGUCACUGCUACAAAUGUGUCAGCCCAUGGAAGCCAAGCUAACUCACCCUCAACUCCCAAUUCAGCUGGUUCUUCCAGUUCUUUUAACAUGUCAAACUCUGGAGAUUUAUUCAUGAGCGUGCAGUCACUCAAUGGGGAUUCUUACCAAGGGGCCCAGGUUGGAGCCAACGUGCAGUCACAGGUGGAUACCCUUCGCCAUGUUAUCAGCCAGACAGGAGGAUACAGUGACGGACUCGCAGCGAGUCAGAUGUAUAGUCCGCAGGGCAUCAGUGCUAAUGGAGGCUGGCAAGAUGCUACAACUCCUUCGUCAGUGACCUCCCCCACAGAAGGCCCUGGCAGCGUUCACUCUGAUACCUCCAACUGAUCUCCCAGCAAUCCGGCAUCCCUGGCUGCCCCCCACCCACCCUGUGCACCAGGCAGAAGUGGGGGCCGAGAAGGGAGGGGUUUUCUCUCCUAAUGUUGAAGCCAUCAGGCUGGAUCCAGAGCUGAUCGGCAGACACAGCAAGAGUCUCCUUCUCUUCUCUUUGGUUUGGAUGCGCUUUUUUUCAGCCAAUCGGGACACUUCUUUAUACUCUCUUCCCUUUCUUUUCUGGGUAGAAGCCACCUCUCCUUUUACUACCACCAUCGCCCAUUCUCUCACACCAGAAUAUUUUUUCAGUCUGAAGGAAACAAACAGCCUCUAGAAGUAUUUGUACAUUUUCAUGAUAUUUUCUUUUUGUCUUUUUUCUUUUGAGGAGUCAGCCUUUACCUCCCUCCAGCCUACCUGGCACCCGCCUCCUUCUGUUUCUCUGAUGUUCUCACUACCUCUUUGCAGGAGCCAUCUAAGCCCUUCCCCCCUGGCCUUUGGGCGCCGUUCCUCCUCCUCCUCCUCUUCCAUGUAAGGACAAUUGUCUGUUCUUCUUAAGACCCUGAACCCUUGAUGAAAUUGCCUUCCAGGAUAAUUCCCCGUUACAGGUUGGAUAAAUGCAAUUCGGGUACUGCAAAGGUAUGUCCACAACAUGCCACCAUGUAACCAAGAUGACCAGGAGAAUGCGGGCAGAUCUACUUAUUACCAUCCCGUUGUGCCUUGUAUCAAGCCCCAGUCACGUCUCCUGCCAUUGGUCGCUGCCGCUGUUUCCCAUUCUGCACCCCCACCCCCACCCCAGAACUGUAAAAUUAGGGCUCUGCAUACUUUCGCACCAAGGAAAUUCACGUUUGGUGCUUGGAGUAAAGUAAUGCAAAUGAAGUCAAUUUGCAUAAUUUAUUCCAGUUCCAAUACUUGUGUUUUAAAGAUUUGCGGGGGGAAAUGCUUAGGCGUUUUGUAGGAAAGCUUAGAGGAAAGUAGGGGAAACUGGAUAAGGGCAGAGGGAUGGGAGCCGUGCACAGCACUGAGGCAUUCAGCAUUUUACCCUCAUAUUUCUGAGCCUUAUCCAGCUUUUGCCUACAUCCUUCCUAGUGUUUGUGCACUGCCAUGCUGUUUAGAAUCUUGCUUUUUAAAAAAUGAAAGCUGAACUUCUCGAGAUGCCACAUUCUAAGCAAGGUAUCCAACUCUGGACUUGCCCAGUGAAGCUGCAGAAAUCGCAACAUACCCCCAGCCCUGAAUACACUCUUAUCUUACCAUUUAACUGCUAAGAGGCCAUUUUGGCAUAUAAGCAGUAUUCAGAUUAUAUAUUUUUUAAAAAUCUGUUCGUAGGGAGAGGAAAGUGAGAGCCCAGCUCCUGAUGUUAAGGUCCUAGAGUGCACAUUGUAUUUUACCGGUGCACGUAGUAAACAGGGAUUGGGCUUGUGUAGAUUAACACCUUCCUUACAGGUUUGUGAAUGGAUCCUUGCUAAAAUGGUUACGGUUGUCUUGAUCUUGAAAAAGAGAAUUAUAGUUUGACUCGCCGUUUUCCUAGUGGAAAAAUAAUAAUAAGGAAAUAGGCAGAAUAGUUUGGCCUGCAUAUUGGACCCACAAAACCCUUAAGAGUUAAAACAGAUAUCUCUUUGACUAACAAAUUUUGAAAAGGAUAUUUGCUCAGACAAAGCCCUCCUCCCCACAAAGCAAAAAGAGGUAGUUGGCCCAGAUGGCAGAGAGGGAGACAGACAGACAUUUCAAUGAGGCUUGCUCACAAGAAUUUCCCAGUGGAUUGUGCACCAGUCGGCAAGAGAGGGCACCAUUGGAUUCUACUGCCUGAAGUAUGCAAGUGUUUUGGGCCUGUCCUACCUUUAAUGGUACGGAGGCUGUGAAAAUAUGUCUCAAGUGCUCUUUGACACCUUUGGAGGGAUGGAGAGAUACAAAACAAGCUCAGCUACGGGCCAUGGCAUGCUAGUGGCAAGUCAAAGAAGUAGGAGGCAACUGAGAGCCUCAAGAAUUGCAUCAUCUAGCCCAACAUCUAUUGCCUUAUGAUGGCACUUCUUCUCAAGAAGCUGUGAUUUUGAUGUUUUCUAGAGCAGCACAUUCAAGAUCACUCCAUGAAGAUCAAAGGUCCUUAGCCCUCCCAAGUCUCCCUGCCCCUUGUAAUUGCCCCACCCUUUCAAUAAAUGUCUGCGUGUGAAGUUAGGGGGCUUCCGUCUGUGUUGUGAUCAACAUAGACUGAGGUGGCAAAUAGCCAAGAUUGAUCAAAAUGCAGAUUGAAAAAGCCACAUCUGAGAUGGUCCAAAGAGCUCUGGUCCACCCACCUCAGUGCUUUGUAGCUGCUAAGGAGGGGCGAAACUGAUUUUGCUGAUGCAUCUCUCCAUGCAAUCCUGUGCAUGCAUCCUCAGGUGCAAGCCCCACUGAAUUCCAUAGGACUUACUCCCGUGUAAGUGUGUAUAGGAUUGCAGGCUGUCGCAGCAUUAGGACCCUACCCUUCCCUUUCUUGUGAACAUUCUAUGAACCUUCCUUAUAUAAAGUCAGGACAUGAUUCCAUCAAGCCCUUAUUUCCCUGACCUGCUGGACGCACCUGAGAUUAAAGCCAAAUGAGCACUGCAAUUUGUUCACCCAAGGUGGUUGGUACCUCUUAGGAAGUGUGAAUGCCUGUAUUCAGUUUCCUGGUGUAAUUAGCAUAGUUUCGAUUAACUGCGUUUUCUGUAUGCUCUUUACUCAGUAUCUCUUUGCAAUGUUCACGUGGACCAUUGUAUCAUCGGCCGUAAUGUGUGAACAAGAGGCAUAAUUCACUGGAAAGCAAAUCUUAUUCAAGCCCCAUUUAAAUGUGUAGGUGGAUAGUCUUGUGCAGUAACAGUCACCACUUCAACCUCGUACUGGACAAGAAUUUGAAUUUGAUCAUUUCAGUUGCGUGGCAGUAGAGACAGGGGAGAUAAAUGGAUCUGCAUUUAUCUGCCUGUAAACAACAUAUCUUCCUCCUUCUGGUCUGUCAUGGUAUAUGGUACUAACUCCUUAAUGGUACAUACACUGGUAGUGGUUCUCUGCAUAUCCAGAUUUACUAUUUUUAUUAUUAUUAUUAUAUUGAUUAUUAUUAUUAAUAUUGGUUAUUUUGAUCACCUGUGAGCUGCCUUUUUCUCAUAUACUUUUUGCUUCAUUCUUUUCUGCCCAGAAAACCCCGACUUCGAUACCAAAAACAAAAAAAAUUAAAAACUGCAGAAACUAAAAAAAAACUUAAAAAAUUUAAAAAAAUUAAAAAAUUCAAAUCUUUCAGCUUUAUUAACAUUUUCCAUUGUUUCUUGCGAUUUGUGUCUCGUUCUUUGUAGUAUUGAUGAUAAUGAACAUUUGAUAAUGAAUGUUCUUGUAUAUUCAGAUAAAGGGAAAAAAAACCAAAAAAGCAGUCUGAAUUUAAUAGUGUUUAUAAUAAAAAUAAAAUAAAAAGUUACCCUCAUAGCACGCAUCAAAGGACAGGGCCCCCCACCCUGUCUUUACUGUGGCAAACAAGCUCUUCAUACCUGUAUAGUUUUUAACACCAAACUACCUACAUUCACCCUUCCUUUGUUUCCAUUUUUAUUAUUAUUAUUAUUUCUCUGCAUUUGUGAAUUAGUUCAAGAAUGCUAGAAAAGUGUAGAGUUGUGCACAUUCAUUUCCUGUUACACAAUGUUUUUUUUAAAAAAAAAGUGACAGUAAUUCAUUUUGUAAAACUUUUAAAAAUGGUUGGAAUAGUGAGCAUAAUAGGUACACCUAAUACUUUAUGUUUACUAACUUUGAAAGCCAGAAGUUAUUUUUCUUUUUCAUUCUCUGUUUCACAUUAUUUGAAGGAGCUUUAAUUUUAGGGCCCAAUCCUCUGGGAAGUUCUCCAGGGCAAGCCCCACGGACAUGAAGGGGAGCUGCACAAGAGAAUCUCCUGCUCAGCUCCAGUUCAUUUCAACAGGGCAUGACCCUCAGUUCAAUUUUUUAUUUUGUCAGACUACGGCCUUGAAAAAAAAAAAUCCCCUGCUUCCUCACUCCUUAAACCUUUUUACUAUAUUCAAAGUGUUGUGAAAAGCUUCAUUUGCAAAAAGCAAAAAAAAAAAACAUUUUAAUUAUUUUCCCCUGUAUUUGCAUGAUUUGUUCAUUUAAUAAAAAAGAUUAUUAUUAUACAUCAGUUCGUUGCUUAAGCUGAAGGUGAAAGUACAAAGAUGAGCAUGGAAUUUGAAAUGUGGGACACUAGCAAAACAUUUGAGUACAUCCCUGAAAUUCACUUAAGUGUCAGUCUGUGAUUGCUGAAAUGAUUUGUUUAAUAUGAUUAUGGAGCAAGUUUCUUGAGGACUGCUGCAUGGAACUCCCUAAUGAGGACGAAAUUCAGCAGUCCUGGGAAAUCGAAACCCCUGCCCAACAACUGGCUUUCUUCGACAGCCUUUUUGAAAAGCAAAGGUGGGCCAGUGUCUCAAUCCACUGCCUGUUGGGUGAAAAUGCAAAUCCUUUCCUAUCCCUACCAAUGUUCGAAACUCCCAUUGUUCUAGGCGCAUUUUGCGACAGGGAAUUUCAUUAGCGCAAGCAGUUUCUGAGCUCUGGGUGCAGUACUGCGCCUAAGAUUUCAGAUUGAAACUGCCAAGUGGAAGGAAGGGAGGACCUUUUUCUGCCUCCCCACUUCCAGCUACUCUCUGAAGACUGGAGAAGAGACCCUCUCAAGAAUAUUAGGGGGGUGGGCAGGGGAAGGACUAGACCAUGUGAAAAAUGAACAUCAUAUUUAGCCGCAGUUCAUUCAAUUUCAGCUUUCUAUUCUUAGACAUUCUGUUGUUGCGCCCAUAACCAAGGUUAAGGUGCCAUUUAGCUCCUAGCUUUCAUAUCUCUGUUUCUAACACAGAUCCAUACCUGACAAUUUUGAACAUUCCAUGGAUUUAAGAUCCUUCUAUUGCCAUGUUCCAUUUUCUUGGCCACCGUGAGCCUAGGUCAUCUCAAGUGAGCCCUUGGAAACCUGUUUAAUCCAGGGACUUUAGUUCUGGAAUAAACAAGUAACAAUAACACAGAUUUACAAUGUGCCUUGCCCUCACCUCUAUGUAACCUCAUCUGGGAUUAGUGGGCAGCACACUCGAUUGAGAACCGGGCUGCCCAGGCUCCUCCUCCUUGAGCUGUCAUGUCCCUGUGGCAAUCCAUGCAGUUGGGAGGAGGUCUGUAUUGGGGCAGGUUGCUGGGUGCUCAGGGUUCCAGCUCAUAGGGCUAACCAGUGCAUGUUGGCAGGCUGCCCUUUCUAGACAUCCUCUCAAACCUACAGAUAAUAUUGGGGUGAGGACUUGAUCGUGGAGGGCAUGGCAAUUGUGUGCAGCCCCCAUUCUGCGUCAUAGAAUUGCAGAGUUGGAAGUAACCACUAGAUUCAUCUCUUCCAACCCCCUGGAAUGCUGAAUAUUUUUGUCCCAACAUGGGGCUCAAACCCCCAAGCCCGGUGUGCUGUGCUCUACCGACUGAGCUAUCAUGUGCCAUUAAUUGCAUGUAAUUGAAUACCUGAACAGGGUUUCAAGGUCAGAGGUUUCUGAGAUAUGUGAACCCAAAUAUCUCCUUUUAGGCAUCACUUAGCCAUAUUGCUUAUAUUAACUCAGUGGCGCUGCAGGUUAAACCACUGAGCCUAGGGCUUGCUGAUCAGAAGGUCAGCGGUUCGAAUCCCUGUAACGGGGUGAGCUCCCGUUGCUUGGUCCCAGCUCCUGCCAACCUAGCAGUUCGAAAGCACGUCAAAAUGCAAGUAGAUAAAUAGGAACAGCUACAGCGGGAAGGUAAACGGCAUUUCCAUGUGCUGCUCUGGUUCGCCAGAAGCGGCUUUGUCAUGCUGGCCACAUGACCUGGAAGCUAUACGCCGGCUCCCUCAGCCAAUAAUGCGAGAUGAGCGCGCAACCCCAGAGUCGGUCACGACUGGACCUAAUGGUCAGGGGUCCCUUUACCUUUAGCCAUAUUGCUUAUAUUAACUCCUUGUGGGUCAGGGGUGAUAGGCAAGCAGGUAUAGAAAUUUCAUUAACACUACUACUAAUACUGUAAUAAUAAGCCACCCAAAGUUCCUCACUUUGAUCUACUAGGGUUCACCUGAGCCUUCAAAAUUCUGAUUCCAGGCCACACCAACUACCCAAGGCUGAAACGCUCAUGAAACAAGACAAUAUAUUUUAAAAUACAAUCUAGCAGAAAUCCAGUUUUCAAAUGUUCUAAGAUGCACCGAGACUCAACAUUUCUCAAGUGUUUAAACAGCAGGUUUUACAUUUAGUUUCAUCCUGCCUUUUUGGUGGGUACUGAUCUUAAUGGCUUGGCUGCAGGUCCUAGUCAGUCUUACGGUAAUUCACAGGCAAGUUUUUUCCCAGCAGCAGAAAUAAGUAAAUGUGUUGUUCUUCAGUGUGACCCAGCAGUAAAACACUUGCAAGUUUAUCUUGCUUAGCUUAAUUGCCAGGAACAUAGUUUUGGGAUCACAGAUGAAGAAAGAAACACUUUGCCCAACACGCAUGACAGCCACCAUUAUAAUUACAAUGCAGUAGAUAAGGUUAAAAGCAAUGCUUUGUUCAGGGGGUGCUCAAGGACAUGCUAGUACCAGCACCAUUUUUUCUAGAAGAAAGGCACUGAUUAAAACUAAGUAGAGCUGAGCUGGGAAGGGCGGGGGCCUUUUGCGCCUCUCAAAAAGCAGAGCCCCUCCUACAGCGCUUUUGCAUAAAUAUACCGUAUCACCAGAUACGUCCCAUUGCUAAAGACAACCAGGUUGAUGCUCCCUGUUAUGCCAUUUAAAUCCCCACAGUACAAAACACAAACAGGAAAGAGAAAGUAUUGGCCCAAGUGCCUUAGCAACAAGCGCAUACACAAACGCAAACAAACACCAUUCAGAAUUAAAACAAAGCAGUUGCCUUUAUUGGUGCUGAUUGGCAUUGCAAUGUAGCCAACUCUUCUGUCGACGUAGCGCCACGACAUGAUUACACUCUAUUUCUCACGAUGGGUUGAGAUCUAAGGCAGAUAUACCUCCCUUUGUGCAUAGAAUUGUAGAGUUGGAAGGGAGCCCAGGUUUCAUCUAGUCCAACUCCCUGCAAUGCAGGAAUCUCAACUCAAGCAUCCAUGCCAACCCUCUCCUUAAAAACUAACAAGGAAGCAAGAGUCUGCCACCUUCUGAGGGAGUCUGUUCCACUGUCAAAUAGCUCUUGCCAUCAAAAAGUUCUUCCUGAUGUUUAGAUGGAAUCUCCUUUCUUGCAGUUUGAAGCUGUUGGUUCGGGUCCUACCCUCCAGAGCAGGAGAAAACAAGCUUGCUUUAUCCUCCAUGUGACAGCCCUCAAGAUACUUUUAGAAGGCUAGCAUAUCUCCUCCCAGUCUCCUCUUUUCCAGGCUAAACAUACCCAACUUCCUCAGCGGUUCCUCAAAAGGCUUCGUUUCCAAACCCUUGAUCAUCUUGGUUGCCCUCCUCUGCACAUGUUCCAGCUUGUCAAUAUCCUCCUUAAAUUGUGGUGCCCAGAAUGGGACACAGGACUCCAGAUGGGUCUGAUCAAGGCAGAAUUGAGUCAUAAUAUGAUCAGGUCCCUGUUCUUCUGUUGAUGUAAAUAGCAUUAGGGUUUUUUUGGGGGGGGGGUUGUUUUGUUUUUUUGCUGCUGCAUCACACUGUUGACUCAUGUGAAGUGUGUGGUCUACUAAGACCCCUGGUUCCUUUUUGCAUGUCUUAAGUGUAUGAUCUUAACAUUUGUCCCUCUUGAAAUUCAUUGUUCAUGAUCCCAUUCUCAUUAUGCAAAACUGAGAGAGGGGAUUUCAGCCAUUUUCUCAUGGGCCAGGAGAAAAUCUAGGGAUCUUCAGGUGUUGGGAGGAUUUUCUAUUAAAAAUGCAAUCUGAAACAAUUUGCAGUCAGGGCUGCCAUUUUCUCUCACAAUCUCUCAUUGGAGUGAUGCUACAUCAUGACAUUGUGGGGAGAAAUGGUGCCCUGUUGGAGGUGAAUACCGUAGUUGCAGAGCUGAGCAAGUAUAUUUAAGAGAGAACUUUUUUCUGCUUUCUUUGUAAGCCCUUGCCCCUCAAAAGUUUGGAUUUUCUUCUUACUUUUCCCAUCACCCAAUCUUUUUUUGGAGCAAACCCUCAGCCUUAACAGGAUCACAUUGUUAAAUGGAUCCAAAACCAAUCCAGUUCAGGCACAGUAUCUGCCCUAUAUAUGCUUGUGUGUAGAUGCAAGUAAUUCAUUCUGCUUCUCUGCCAUCUCCUUAUCCUCCCCCAGCUCACCUUUGAUGCCCUAGUCAUUCAAAGGUGCAACAGCCUCCUUAGCCAGUCCCUUGCUACUAAUUACAGUGGUACCUCUACUUACGAAUUUAAUGCGUUCCGAACGCACAUUUGUAAGUAGAAAAAAAAUUGUGAGUCGAAUCCCAUAUGAAUGCAUUGGGAGAAAAAAUUCGUAAGUCGAAGCAACCCUACCUAAAAAUUCAUGAGUAGAAAAAAUCCUAUCUAAACCGCUUCCAAGAUGGCAGACGGAGCUCCAUUCAUAAGUAGAAACAUUCGUAAGUAGAGGUACCACUGUAUUUACUUUUUUUGUUGGUCUUAUGUUUUAGCAAUGUGCUCCUCAGAUUGUUAUUUUUAGCAUUCCUUUUUGUCUGCUUGCAUUUCUUUUGCCACAGUUUUUGUUCCUUCUUAUUCUCUUCACUUGGAGAAGACUUCCGUUUUCUAAAGAAAGCUGUCUUGUCUCUAAUUACUAGAGUCUAAUAGCUUGUUUGACUCUGUCCGCUAACCGUAUAUUAACCACACUGACAUUAUCUUUGCUCUGGUGGUACCUUUCUUAAUCUGUGGUAUACAGUAUAGCUGAGCUUCUAAUACUGUGGUUUCAAACAACUCCCAAGCAUUUUGGAGUGAUUUGACCCUCUUGACAGUCAAGUUCCUACUUUCCAAUAUCUUUUUUGGGGGGAAGCUUCCUAUGUUGAAGUCAAAUGUGACUGCGUUAGAUUUUCUUGGCAAUCGCACAUUUACACAUAUAUUGAAUCCAGGGUGUUCUUCACCCUCCAUGUCCCCCUGCUCCCACCCGUCAGCUGACAGGCAGCUGCCAUGCGCUAGGUGGGGGUGGCGCAUGGAGGGUUAAUAGCAUUCCCUGUGACACCACUGCAUGAAGGACCAGUAGCAUUUCAGAGAAAGCUACCUUGAAAGUCCUGGCUUUCAACAUUGUUGCCGCAACCUAAAUUUCACUUCCAGGUCCUCAUGACAUUUCCCCAUGUCAUUAACAUCACCAUGCAUCAUGACAUUCAUCAAUCUAUGUUCCUAAUGGUUGAAUCGCCCGCUAACAAGAUCCCUUCACCCCACCCAGAGGAAUAGCCUCAGCAUGAGAGGAUAACUGCUCAUUUCCCAAGGAAUUGGUCCCUUCUCAGGGAUCGUUUCUGUCUUCCUCAGAAGGGUGGCCUUCUUUCCAGAGAUGCUCAUUCUUCAUGACAGCAGGGAUGCCGUCAUCCUGGCAGAGCGACACAGGUAUCAUGUCCCUGAAGGCCUUGCCACCACCUGCUCUGCCCCUCUUUCUGCUCCUCCACCUCAGCCAUCUUGGCGUCAAGGGAACAAGCCUGAAGGCCAGGGUUUGCUUCACCAAGAACACCCACAACCUUUGUCCAGCAAGCAGAUACCCGUACAUAUGACAGACAGUGCAAUCCGCUGUCGGGGAAACCACAGCACAGCUUCUGGGUUUCUAACUGCAUACCUGUUCAUGUUGUUUACCAAUGGGGAGCUUGAGAUUUGUUGGAUCAAAGGGCAGUCUGCCCUACUCUCCUUGCCCUGCUACCAAACUUGCUUAGCUGCUUAACUCAGCUGUUAGCUUGACAAUUUGUCUCUGGGGAAAAGAACGAGGUGAACUUUACAAAUCCCAACAUUUUUCUCCAGCUCAGAUUAAAACAGGCAUCCCCAACUUUUGGCCCUCCAGAUGGUUUGGCCUACAGCUUCCAUGAUCCCUAGCUAACAGGACCAGUGGUCAGGGAUGAUGGGAAUUGUAGUCCAAAGCAUCUGGAGGGCUGAAGGUUGGGGAUGCCUGGAUUAAAAUCUAUACCAUUUCUGGCUUCCCCACCCCCAUAGCACCCUCUCUCAACUUUCCCUUUAGACUUUUGGGCCACUGAUGGUGGCUUCAGCACCAAGGAGAGUGAAAGCAGAGCAUCUCUCCCCCUGUAGUCGCUUGGUGUACUUUUGGUGUGCUUGCUGUGCAGAGGAGGGCAACCAAGAUGAUCUAGUGUCUGGAAACAAAGCUGUAUGAGGAGCACUUGGGGGCGCUGGGUAUGUUUAGCCUGAAAAAGAGGAGACUGAGAGGAGAUCUGAUAGUCACCUUCAAAUAUCUUAAGGGCUGUCACAUGGAAGAGGGAACGCACUUGUUUUCUCCUCUGGAGGGUAGGACUCGAACUGAUGGCUUCAAGAUACAAGAAAGGAGAUUCCAACUAAACAUCGGGAAGAACUUUCUGACUGUAAGAGCUGUUCAAUAGUGGAACAGUCUCCCUCGAGAGGUUGUGGACUCUCCUUGGAGGUUUUUAAGCAUGGCAUGGCCAACUGUCAUGGAUGCUUUAGCUGAGAUUCCUGCAUUGCAAGGGGGUUGGACUAGAUGACCCUUGGGGCCCUUCCAACUCUGCGAUUCUAUGAUUCUAUUCAGUGGGUCACAGAAGCAAUGGCCCUCUGUAGCCUCUGUGAGAAUUGCAUUUUCCAUGGACCACUGCGCUGUUCAUCCUGGUGCAACAACACCAAAGUAUUGGGGAGGGGAGAGGAGUAGGAAACAGACUUCCUUGCCUACUCUCCCCUCCCGCUUGGACUGCCACAGCUCCUGUUGCCCUCGCUGGUAAUUCUUCUAAGAGUGGGGAGGGUAUUUGGGAGGCCAAAGGAAGGGUCAAAUUGAAGUUUUUUUCUUUUUGUUUGAUAUAACUUCCACAGUAUUUGGAAGUGGUUUUGACCUUGUAACUAAAAGCAAGCAUAGCUAGGCAUGCACCCACUCUGUUACGUGAGCAAAUACUGCAGCCCUUGUAACUAGCCCUAACGGUGCUGAUCCAGCAGAUUUGCAGAACUGGGCCCACAUUUAGAAGGCAAAUUCAUUGGAUGUAUGGUAGCCUAAGCCUCACUUAUUUCCAGAUUUAAGGCAACCCUAAAUCACUGUUACUCUACAUGUGGGAUGACUCUGUAUAUAGUCUGUCAGGAUGAAAUCUCCAUCUGCUAAGAGUCUGUGUCAUGGCACAGAGAGAGUGGUGCUCAACCCAGCUAAACUUUAUUUGGUCAAAUAUGGUAUCUCUCUCACAUUAGCACCGAAGCUGCCAUUUGCCCUUGGGAUGGGAUCGUGGAGUUAUGGAGUCAAAUGUGUUUUAGGCAGGAUCAGACAUUACUUUUUCUCGCGGUAAGGAAGAACCCAUGACUUGUCCUUGAUGAUACUGUGUUUUAAAGGAUUUGCAGAACUCAGCUAAUUUCGCCAAGGCAGUUUGAGCUACAAUUUAGCACCUCAAAAAUUGGCACUGUAAAAUUGGUCUCCUUAUUUGCCAUUUAUUGUGAACUUUUCACAUCACACUUUGUAUCAGUCCCUUAUUUUUCCCCAUGCAACUUUACCUAAAGCUUCUUGAAAAUAUUAUUACCCUUGCUAUUAUCAAAAAUGUAUUAUAGCAUACAUUGUUUUUGCUUAUCACGAGCCCUUUUGUUGAGUGUAAAGACAUCCUGCUUUGUUCUGAAUUGCUUUGUCUUCAUUCUUUUGUUUCCAGUAGGUUCCCCAUAGAAACCCUAGGAAGCAUUUCCUUUGAUUUACACCAAGCUUUUCUGCUCCUUUAAAAACAAAGGCCUCUGUCUUUUUAAUUCCCACUGAAACUCUUCUGUUCUAUAAUAAUACUAACAAGGUGUAGGUUUUACAGUCUCCUGAUUUGUACUGGUAAUGCAUAUUCCAAAUAAAUAGUUUCUUUUGUUGCAAAA